AUGUCUCAGAGCCCACACGAUACUAGUACCAGUGGAAGCAAUGAUGAUGACCUCAGUACCGCCAUAACAAGGCCCGAUCGCCGUCCGUCGGAAAUCGGGUCCACGAGCUCACAGAACAUCAAUCGCCGUCCAACCAAUAUCACCGAAGUCGAGCUAGAGCGAAUCAACACCUAUCGACUCCAACAUCGCUCAACCGUAGGCUCCGUCGCAGGAAUCACACCGCGCGACAAGUGGCUCCCCCUCGGAGCUGGCAAACCUCAUCCCCCAGCUCUCCCAGACCCGGAACAAUAUAUCGUCGAAUUCAACGAUGCGAACGAUCCUCUGCACCCCCAGAAUUGGCCACUCCGGCGCAAAAUCGGUAUAUCAGUGACCCUAUCAUAUACAACCUUCGUUUCGUCUUUCGCUAGCGCCAUCUUCUCCUCCGCUGUCGGACAAAUCAGUGUUCACUUUCACAUCAGCACGGAAGUCGCUAUCCUCGGUGUGACCCUGUAUGUUCUAGGAUUUGCUUCGGGGCCGACGGUAUGGGCACCGGCAAGUGAGCUCAUUGGCAGAAGAUGGCCAAUUUGUAUUGGCAUGUUCGGGUUCUCUAUUUUCUCCAUUGCGGCAGCAACCAGCAAGGAUGUCCAGACCUUGAUGUUGACACGAUUCUUUUCCGGAUUUUUCUCUGCUAGUCCGAUCGCUAUUGUUCCCGCGGUUUUUGCCGAUAUCUGGAAUAACCAGACCCGGGGCGUGGCUAUCGCUAUGUUCGCCAUGGCUGUAUUCGUGGGGCCUUUCGCGUCUCCGUUCACGGGUGGCUUCAUCACCAUGUCUUAUCUGGGAUGGAGGUGGACCAUGUAUAUCUCGUCCAUCAUGGGUUGGCUGGCUACUGGCCUUUGUCUUCUUUUCUUAAAAGAGACCUAUGCACCCGCUGUCCUUGUGGAAAAAGCGGCCCUCCUGCGACGGCAGACACACAAUUGGGGAAUCCGCGCCAGACAAGAAGAGAUCGAGCUUGAUUGGGGCGAGUUGAUCACAAAUAAUUUCAGUCGGCCAUUCCGUAUGCUUUUCACGGAGCCAAUUGUUUUCCUCAUAUCUCUCUGGAUGAGUUUUGUAUAUGGCCUGAUGUACGCGCUUCUCAGUGCCUACCCUGUUGUUUUCCAAGGAAUCCAUGGAAUGAACCUUGGUGUUGGAGGUCUUCCAUUUAUCGGAUUAAUUAUUGGCGAGUUCCUAGCUGGCGGCUAUAUCCUUUUCGAUCAGAGGGCAUAUACCAAAAAGUUAGCCGCCAACAAUAACAUUCCGAUUCCGGAAUGGAGACUUCCACCCGCUAUCCUUGGAGGUGUUUGCUUCUGUGUCGGGCUCUUCUGGUUUGGCUGGACUGGAUGGACAAAUUCAAUCCAUUGGAUAGCCCCCACCGCCAGCGGAAUCGUGACUGGAUUCGGCAUCUAUGUGAUUUUCCUGCAAUGUUUCAAUUACUUGAUUGACUCGUAUUUGACAUUUGCCGCAUCUGUGUUUGCUGCCAAUACCAUUAUUCGAUCAGCGGUUGGAGCUUCAUUCCCGCUGUUCUCGAAGCAGAUGUUUGUCAACUUGGGUGUGCAGUGGGCCGGCACACUUCUUGGGUGUCUCGCGCUCAUAAUGAUCCCGAUUCCCUUGGCAUUCAUCAAAUGGGGGCCUGCGUUACGCAAGAAGUCCAAAUUUGCUCCGACCUUCGAGCCUGCUCGUGCAGCAAAUACGGAGAAAGGUGACCACUCUGUUUAG